CUUUCCCCAUAACUUUUUUAUGCCCCUGAAGGGUGGCAUAUAGUUUUUAGUAGGGAUGGCAACGGUUAAUCGGUUAACCGGUUAUGCGUUUCUUAAGGAGGUUAACUGAUUACAAAAUUAAUAUUCGGUUACUCUCGCAGAAAACGCAUUUUUUUGUUGAACGAAAUAAAUGCUCAAUUCGUUAGUUUUGUUUUACUUCAUUUCACUGUAUUGGCUAAUCCGCUGAUCUGAUCGCAAAUUAUUGGCAAUUACCACCCCGUGAUGCCCCCCUGUGGAUAUAAAAGCGAUUAGAGUUGUAAACCAACGGGGUGCAGCGGAUUCAUGAGCAGGCACACGAGCAAUUAGCACCUACUCUGCAGUGUGUUUGUUUAGCACUUUACAGUCUAUUGUGUUUCAAUUAUUCAAAUAUUGAUAAAUUUAAAUUAUAAACCGACCAAUUAGGCUUGUCAAUUAGCAUAUUUGACUGCGAUAUGUUCUUUUUUAUAAAUAGUACAUCAACGUGAAUAUUCAGUAUAAAGUCAGUCGAACUUGUUCAGAUAGCACGUAUUUAAAAAGUAAAGUGACAAUCUAUAAUCAUGCCUCUAUCAUCAGAUGCCUGGAAUUUUUUCAAACGGGCUGCUGACAAGAAAUCAGCUACAUGCAUACUAUGCCCAACGACACUGUCUUUGCAUGGGGGUACAUCCAAUCUCCGUAAUCACAUGAGAUUUAAACACCCCUCUGAAUUUCGAUGUGAGCCAUCUCCAGUAAAGCAGACAUCACUGGACUGCUAUGUAAAUACUCCGAAAAAGAUGACUGGCUCAGAAAGCGAGUCAAUUACAAGCGCUAUCGUUGACAUGGUGGUCAAGGACUAUGUUCCUCUGUCCAUAGUAGAGGCAGAGGGAUUCCGGAACUUAAUGAAGACUGCAACACCAAACUACAGCAUGCCAUCCAUGAACACCAUCCGAGCGCGCAUCAACAAACGCUAUGGGGAUGAAAAGGCCAGUCUCGUAGAGAGACUUAAGAGCAUCUCCGGAGCGGCGAUCACAACUGACACGUGGACGUCAACGUCGUGUGAAAGUUUCAUCACCGUCACGGAACACCAUAUAACAGAUGGCUGGGAGAUGGAUGCCAACGUGCUGCUGACAAGAGCUAUGCCAGAACGCCACACGGGAACUAAUCUAGCCAACAGACUCAAAGAGUGUGUGUCCGAAUUUGAAUUGACUGGCAAAAUAAACGCGUGUGUUCACGACAAUGCCCGCAACAUGGAAGCUGCAGGUGCCAUAUGUGAGGAAUGGACUGACAUUGGGUGUUUUGAACACACAUUCCAACUGUGUAUCAAACCUGUUUUUGAUAUACCGCGAUGUAUCCAAGACUGUAUCCAGAUGCCGGAAACUAGUUGGGCAUUUUAAGCACUCCACCACAGUCACCGCAGAGUUUCGACGAAGACAGCCACUCCUCAAUGUACCACAGCAUGAACUUGUGCAGGAUGUAAUCACACGUUGGAAUUCAACGCUGGCAAUGCUAGAGAGAUUGUAUGAGCAGCGGCGCGUUAUUAUGGACAUAAUGCUGGACGAAAACGUCACCAAAAAGGCUGGAACCGGUAUGCUCUUGAAAGAUGAGGAAUGGGACACUAUCCGUGAUUUGUCAGUGUUGCUAAAGCACUUUGCAGACACAACGACAUACUUAUGUGAAGAACGUGAUGUGUCUUGCUCUGAUACAUAACCUAUUGUAUGUUCGCUAUUGAGCACUGUCCUGCCACCAACUGCAGAAGAGAGCACCACGGUCAAGAAGGCGAAGGAGUUAUUGCGUGAGCAGCUCAUUACGAGGUUUCAGCCAUACUCUCAGAAAACUGCCACCUCACUGCUAAUUCUAGCGUCACUCCUCGACAUCCGCCACAAAACACUUGGGUUCCUUGAAAGUGACAUGAAGAAUGCAGCAAUCGAGGCGCUAGAAAAUCUUUUAGACGAACUACCCCUCAAGACGCACACAGAAAACAGUGCCGAAUGUAAACCUGCCCCAUCGAAACGCCGGAAGCUGGCAUUCAUGAUUGCCAAUCCUGCCAAGAAACAGACGGAUGAGCUAAAGUCAUACCUCCUUGAACCACAAGAUGAAGAAGGCGACCCACUCGACUGGUGGAAAGCGAAUGAAAAUCGGUUCCCAAGAAUAGCCCUAAUCGUGAAGAAGAUUCUUGCUAUUCCCGCUACAUCCGUCCCAUCUGAGCGUAUCUUCUCAACACGCUACGAAACAGGCUAGCCGCAGAUCUCGUAGACCACAUCAUAUUUUUUAACAAGAACGUUGUGCCAGCAUACAGUGACGAGUGUAAGGACAUGUGAGUUAUAAAGGUGGUAAAGGAUUCAUGUUGUGUUAUAUGCCUGUUGUUGUUGUUUUAUCCAGAACUUUGUUCGCAAUACUUGCAUAUUAUUUUGGUGUAUGCUUUCAUAUUCACUUUCAUGCAAUAAAUUGUAAUGAUUAACAUUCAAACAUGUGAACUACGAUUAAUUAUGAUGAAUCAAAUGAAAAAAAAAAACAUGAACAUUUGUGUUUGUUUGUUGUCUUUAUUGCAUUAACACAUGAUGUGUCACAAUUAACACGUGCCGUGAAGUAUGCCAUUGUUUUGACUACCAUUUCUUGAUAAAAUCAAUAAAGCGUGACACUGAUUACACCCGAUCACUGUUGUUUUAACAACUAUUGCAAACUUUUACGCUUUGCCCGUUGCAAAAUAUAUUUACGCUAAUUGACAAUUGUUAUUAAUCGGCACACUGUUAAUGCAUGUAAUUCUUAAAGAAUAAUGGGUGUUAAUAAAACACAACACAAUUCAAAUUCUGCACUAGCUUUUAUUGAUCGAGAUGUAGAACAAUAAUUAUGUGUAAAUGACAUGAAGCUAAUAUUACAACAAAGAAAUAUCACAGUUCACCGACUAGCAUAUAAAAAAAUUGUUUAUAAACUCGUACGUUUUUCGGAUGUUGUUUUUUAUGUGGUACAAAGACAGGCGGUUGACCGGUUAACCGCUCGAAUAUCAAAACAGGUUAACCGGUUACGGAUUUGCCUAGGUUUGCCAUCCCUAGUUUUUAGCGAGGCUGUUUUAGGAGAAAACCCGAGGUAUUGUCAUAGCCUGCUUGUUGUCCGCCGUCCGCCGGCGUCGUGAUAAGACCUUUACAUUGGCUCUAAAAUCAAAGUGCUUCCACCUACAACUUUGAAACUUCAUAUGUAGAUGCACCUUGAUGAGUUCUACAUGCCACACCCAUUUUGGGUCACUAGGUCAAAUGUCAAGGUCACUGCGACCUCAAAAAAAAAUUUUAACAAGCUUUUGCAGCCAAGCGUGGCACCUGUUAUGCGGUGCUCUUGUUGAACUGUCCGUCUGUCUGUUGGUCAGUCUGUCUGUUCGUCCGUCAGUCUGUCCGUCCGUCCGUCCGAAAACUUUAACAUUGCCCAUAACUUUUGCAAUAUUGAAGAUAGCAACUUGAUAUUUGGCAUGCAUGUGUAUGUAUUAAGGUUAAGGUCAAGGUCAUCCUUCAACUGAAAGGUUAAGGUCAAAGGUCAAAUUUUGCAAUAUUGAAGAUGGUAACUUGAUAUUUGGCAUGCAUGUGUAUCUCAUGGAGCUGCACAUUUUGAGUGGUGAAAGGUCAAGGUCAUCCUUCAAGGUCAAGUAUAUGGGUCAAAAUUGCGCAUGUAAUGUCACUUCUGCAAUAUUGAAGCUAGCAAUUUUAUAUUUGAAAUGCGUGUGUAUCUCAAGGAGCUGCACAUUUUGAGUGGUGAAGGGUCAAGGUCAAGGUCAUCCUACAAGGUCAAACAUCAUAUAGGGGGACAUUGUGUUUCUCAAACACAUCUUGUUUAUAAAAGAAAUUUUAUCAUGUUAUUACUUAUCAGUUGUUCGUAAAAAAGGUGGUUAUGUGAA